AUGGCCUCUUCUCCGCCCCCGACGGAGACUAAACGCCAGACUUGUUCUGGUCGUACUCGAGAUUCUAAGAGAGCUUCAACUCCAGCGUCGGGCGCGCGCCGGCGCUUCGAGAAAGCUUCGUCUGUCGCCAAUGACCCUUUUGUUUCGGAUGCAGAAACAUCUCGUCGUCCUCCCUCCUUUACCAUCGACAAGGUCAAGGGUGCAACAAAAAGGCUUCUCGUUUCUUCCUCUGGGUCCCCUUCGGCCAAGCGCCGCCGUCGUAACCCCUUAGAAGUUUCGGUGGGAGGCGAUGACGCUUUCAAGGAUUUUAUCGCCGCGUUCACCGCGAUGCUAAGAUUCUCAACCAGCGUCCGGAUGAUAGAAAUCAGCCAGGUGCACGGGCUGUGUCCCGAGUGGAUACAGGUCUCGAGGCUGAAGGACUUUAUUAAUCUGAGACGGCUUCGGGUUGAGUUCUGUGCCCCCUGGGAUCUCGAAUUGUUCGAAGUCAACAGCCAAUACCAACAGAGUCUCCUGGAUCUUGUGACAGGCCACGACACGCAUUUUGAUAUUGACUUCUACGCAUAUGAUUCCAGGAGCAGUGGGGAGUGGAAUGUGGUGGGCCCAUGCGUAUCACGCAGUACAUUCGAACGGGUCUACAAAUUCGUCCGCGACAGACACCCACAGCUGCUUCUUCAAGGGAGCUUGGUUAACCAAAUGCUCACCGAAUGA